CACCAUAGAAAUUUCCUUUUUCGCCGCCCCCACACUGUCCGAACCGGCCCCGGUCCAUUCCAAGCUAUUUAUAGCUGUUUCCCACCAUUAAUGGCUUUUCAUCACUCUUUAUUUUUUCUCACUUCACAAUUCACAUUUCUGUUGUGCAUUACUCAAUUCUCAUGGCUCCCAAUACAAAGGAAGUAGCAGUUGAUAUGACCCCCUUUUUCGUCCUCCACAAAGAUGGCAGCAUCAACAGACUCCGUCCAGCAGAUGAUGCUCCACUUUGUGACGAUCCACAAGCUCCUGUCCGAUCCAAGGAUGUCGUAAUUCAGCCGGAAACAGGGGUUUCCGUACGUAUAUUUCUUCCUAAAAUCACCGACCCGAAACAGAAAAUCCCCGUCGUGAUUUACAUUCACGGCGGGGCGUUCUGUAUGGGAUCAGCUCGUUCCUCCGCAUUCCACCAUUUUAUUAGCUCGUUAGUCGAAAAGGCGAAUUUUAUUGCUGUUUCUGUCGAUUACAGACUUGCCCCGGAAAACCCUUUUGCCACUACCUACGAUGAUUCGUGGGGAGCAUUUCAAUGGGUAAUUUCACAUGCUAAUGGAAAAGGGUCAGAUUCAUGGCUAAACAAUCAUGCUGAUUUUACUAAAUUGUUCGUUGGUGGAGAAAGUGCUGGAGCAAACAUUGCUAAUGACCUUGUCGUUAGAGCAGGGGUAACUAAUCUCGAUUCGAAAAUCAAAAUUUUGGGUCUUUAUUUGGUUCAUCCAUAUUUUGGGAUUGAAAAUGAUCCGCUGUACAAGGCUUUGAAUCCGACAAUUACUGGAGGAUGCUUCGAAGAUCCGAGGGUAAAUCCUUUGAUAGAUCCAAGGUUGAAAUCAAUGGCGUGUAAGAAGGUUCUGUUUUUCUUAGCGGAGAAGGAUUCUCUGAAAAAAGGAGCGAUGAAUUAUUACGAGGGGUUGAAGAAGAGUGAAUGGAAUGGAGAAAUUGAGAUAAUGGAGACGAAAGACGAAGGCCAUUGUUUUCAUUUCUUUAAUCCUAAAUCGGAGAAAGCUGCUGCUCUUGUGAAUAAACUAGUUGAUUUCUUGAAGCAAGAGUAAUAAGUUUGUUUUAAGGUCUUUUUUUUUUUUUUUUUGCAAGAAUUCUGGUACUUUUCUUAUAUUUAAUUUACAUGUUGAUUUUGUGGUUUUUGGUAUUUGAAUUUUGAGCUUUAGCAAUAGAUUUAUGACCAAUAAUCCUAAAAGUAGUUAUCUUGAAAAAGCUUUGCUUAUGCUUAUGUGAUUAUAAGUGUAACAGCAAGGAGAGCUAUAUCAGACGUUGUCGUUAUAUAAAAAUAUCUAUGUGAUGUAGAAUUGCUAUUUGUUUUAAUUGAAUGGUUGAAUAUAAAUGUGUCUUGCUUCA